UGUAACUUCAUAUUGAUAUCUCUGGCUCUAUGUUCAUGUUGUAAUUUAUUCUAGUAAUUUGUGCUUCUUGCUGACAAAUCCAAUGUUUAUUAACUAUGUGCUCGUGUUUGGUUUAUUCUCGGCUUUGAGAAAUUAAAAAUCUUAUCUCCAUGUAUAUGUUAUGCGGCAAGUUACUUUCAAAACCAAUGACAUUAGAUGAACUCGAUGUGCGUUUUGGCCAUUUUACUUGGCUUGCGUUGGUGAUUCGUACAUAGUCACGUGACCGAAGUAGUUUUUGGAUCAAUGGCGCCAAAUGUCUGUUACAGAAAAUGUAUGUGAAUUAUGAGGUUUACGGAACGCAAACUGAAGUGCCAUGUAGUGAAUGAUGUGACAUUCUACACAAUGUUGUUACCGCGUUCUAAGUGUAAAGCAGUAGAAGGAUCGUGAACAUGUAGGUUGUGGACUAGUUAGCGAGAUGUCGUUGAGAGGCACAAAGCGGUCGUCUGGGAUGCGCGGUGAUGAAGCCGGUGUAUCCAAGCGCCGCAGGACGGAGCCCGAGGAUGCUCUCUGGCAGCUCCGCCCAGUUAGUGACCUCAAGAUGUCAUCAAUUUAUAACAGGAGUGCCUCAGAGGCACCCGCUGAACUAUUCAGAAAGGACCUUAUCAGCGCCAUGAAAUUGCCCGACAAUGAGCCCCUGACACCAUCUUCGUACUGGAUAAUAACUGACACGUGGAAGCAGGACUGGGAGAGAGGAGUUCAGGUGCCGGUCAACCCUGACUCCCUCCCCGCGCCUAAGGUCAAGAUCAUUGACAAUCCACCGCCACCCAACUUUCAGGAAUUCAAAUUGCCUAAAGACAAAUACGUGCACCUGAGUCGCGAUGCUCACUACCAUUCGGACAAACAUCUACUGAGUCAAACGCCGGCGCGUGCCGAGGCCGCUUGCAGUUACGACUUGGAUGCCACUGACACCGCGUGGCUAAAACUCCUGAAUGCAGAGCGCGCGAGGGCGGGUGCCCCACCAGUCACCGAAGACCAACUCGAAAAAGUCAUCGAGGAGUUGGAGAUUCGUAGCUGGGAUAAAAUCCAGGCAAUUGUGAAGUCUGAGGAGGGCCUCGGUAUCGAGUACGAUGAGAAUGUCAUCUGUGACGUUUGUCGGUCCCCCGACUCGGAGGAUGGCAAUGAAAUGGUGUUCUGCGAUUCUUGCAAUAUUUGCGUGCAUCAGGCCUGUUACGGCAUCACCGUUAUCCCGGACGGUCAAUGGCUGUGCAGGCCGUGCGGCGACGGCGUGCGGCCCAGCUGCGUGCUGUGCCCCAACCACGGCGGCGCCAUGAAGUGCACGCCCUCCGGGCAUAAGUGGGCGCACGUCAGCUGUGUGCUAUGGAUCCCCGAGGUCUCCAUCGGCUGCGCGGAGAUUAUGGAACCGAUCACCAAAAUAUCUUCCAUUCCACCCUCCCGAUGGUCCCUCGUUUGUGUAUUGUGUCGUAAUCGCAAGGGCGCUUGCAUUCAGUGUUCGGUAAAGACAUGUAAAACUGCUUACCACGUAACGUGCGCAUUCAAACACGGUCUAGAAAUGCGGGCAAUCAUCGAAGACGAAAACGCUGACGACGGUGUUAAAUUACGUUCCUAUUGCCAAAAGCAUAGUGUUAAUUCUAAGAAAGAAAAGUGUCCGGGUUCAGGCGAGGAGGAGGAUGAGGUAAAACGAAAGCGUAGGAAAGAUAUGACGUCAGAGGAGAAGACGCAAGCUCGAGCCGCUCGCUUGCAUGAGAUUGAGAGGGAAUUCGAUAAACACGUAAGUGUCAAGGAUAUAAGUACACAUCUCCUUGACGUUGAUCAGGACGCUAUUAAUUACAUUUACAACUAUUGGAAGCUAAAGAGGCGAGCAGGGCACAAUCGUCCCUUGUUGCCACCCAAGUCGGACGACACCGAGGUGCUGACUCACAGGCAGGAGCAGGCCGACAUCGACAAGCUCAAGAUGUUCGUGCAGCUGAGGCAGGACCUGGAGCGGGUACGAAAUCUCUGCUACAUGGUGAGCAGAAGGGAAAAGCUCUCUCGCUCAUUCUUCCGUAUGAGAGAACAAACGUUUCACAAACAAGUGGCUGUGCUAUCUGCAGCUGGCGACAUCCCCCAGCAGGAGUUGUCAGCCAUCAUUGAGGCUAAUCACGGACCUUCAAUAUAUGACAAACUAUACUCUCACGACAAUGCACCGGAUCAUAAGAAUGAUUUCGAAGAGUUGCUAGCCCGCAUCGCGCCACCAGAAUCAGGCGACGAGAAAAAGAAAGAUCGCAACGGGUUAGUCAAAGGUUCGAAGUCAUCAAAUCCGUACAAGAAACAUUACGUAAAUGGAUCGCGACGUAGUGGCAGUAUGUAUAGUGGACUGUCCAGCGAAGAGAGUGCGCCGGAGAUGGCGCGGUCCAGUAGGUUCCGAACCAAAGUUGGUUCUAGUACAGAUGACGAAGGAAGGAGAGCUGGAACAUCACCAAAGAAAAAGGUAUCUCCUAAGGGCAAAGGCAAAAGAUCUCCUAAGAAGACUGAAAGGAAGAAGAAGAAGGUACCACAGUCUAAACCACUCAUUGAGAGCAGCAGUGACGAUGAAUCUUUGAAUUCCAGAUUGAAGAAAGAUCGAUCUCGCAGUAAAACGCUACAGCAAAUGGAGAAAGAAAUGACGGCUGGGAAGAUGGGUCAAUCCGGUACAGACAGCGAUGACCUAAUGCCGAUAAGACCUACUAUGAGAAACAGCAAGUUCCCUAUCGACAUAUACUCAGACAGCAGCGAGGACAACAAGUCCGACAAAGCCGAUAAAGUCAAGUCAGAUAAGGUUAAAACUGAAAAAGAAAAACCGGACAAAGUCAAGGUGGAAAAAUCACCAAGUGGUAAUGAUUCUCAACAAUCUCUGCCAAGGACUAAGGCUGCUAUGAAAGAAUUUAUUCCAACUCAACCCGAGAAGAAAGCAACUACAAGUCCGGAAGAGGACAAGCCUGGUCCGAGGAAGAGAGGCAGAAAGCCUUCUAACAAAGACAAAAAGAUGCCAUUACCGCAAAAGAUUAAAACAGAAUCGGAUGAUGAAGCUAAAAAUAAAGAGAACAUCAAAUUCUCCAAACAGAAGGAUCACCCGACAGAUCUCAUUGUUCCACAGCGGCAGGCGGCUAAGAAAGCUUCCGAAAACAUGCGCUCGACCACUGUUGUCAAAAAGGAUGAAACAGUUCCUGAACAACGAGAAAUAAAACAAUCAACAAGCGGUGAUGACACCAAACCGAAACCAGUGACAAAACCAAGUGAAAAGGCUAAAUCAACUGGUAAAGGCAAAGAAAUAAAAGACGCUCAUUCUUCAAAAGUUAACAAAAAGAAAUCUAAGGAGACAGAGAAGGAACCCAUUGCUUAUGUACCGCAAAGACAGGCAGCGAAGAAAGCAGCCGCUCACAUCAAGAGUGGACUGGGUACGAAGGCACCAGUACCCGAGAACGAAACAGAGAAAAAGAAAGAUGCAGAUAAAUCUGAGCCGAAAUUAUCUCCUAAGAAAGAGAAGGAAGAGGCCAAAACUUCGAAACCCGCUCAGAAGGAAAGCUCUAGUUCGUCUUCAAACUCAAGCAGCAGCAGCUAUUCAUCUUCAUCCAGUUCUGAGGAAGAACCUGAAAAAUCAAUGAUCAAGCCCACCGCUAAGGCACGCGCGAUCAAACCGGCCACGACACGCCAGCCGUCAAUGUUCUCACCUCCUGGCUCUAGACCUACAGUGGACUUGCCCUUUCUCGACAGGGUGUCAAAACCAUUGUCUUCCACUAGUGCCUCGAGUGAUUCUGACAGCUCUAAAGUGUCCGACCGAUCCCGCUCAGGAAGCCCAUACCCCAAAAGGCCUCGACGAAGGAGAAAAGGCAAGAGCGAGUCCACUGAUGCCUCCCCACGCAAGGCGCCGCCAGAUAAGAAGCUUAAAACUUCCGAACGGCGGUCCGAGUGUAGGGUACCAUCACCGACUCCUGAAGGAGAGGAACCUAGCCGACCCAGUGAUGCGCGCGCUGCCACACGUGCUCGGACCAGAAGCACUACUUCAGGCGGAAAUAUGCCUAAUAAGUCUGAUGCCCGACCUAGAAAACCAUCUAAAGACGAAGCUCUUACCGCUACACCCAAUAAAACACCCAAAGAGGGCAGCCAGUCCAGUGAACUUCCAUCUGCGGAACGGAAAGAGGACGCGGCGGUGAAGGAAGAGGUCAAAGUGGAACUCAAGGAGGAGAUUAAAGAGGAGCCAGUGGUUGAGACACCCAAGAAUUAUGCUAAGUCUAAAACUAACAAGCUAAAGAGGCGAAGCGAGUCUAAUGACGACAGGGAGAAAGUCAACAAGACUAUUGAAAUUGAAGUACCGCCAUUACAGAAGGUCAGUCCGAAGAAGAGUGCUGAGCCCAAACAUAAGUCAUUGAUGAACAGGCGAAUGAGUGUUAAGGACACAGCGCCAAAAGACCGCUCUACUUCUAAUGAGACUCGAGAGCCGGCUAAGAAAGAUAGGCGUAUGAGCGUGGCACAUAGUGUCGCUGGGUCCGACAAACCGGCUGUGUCGCCCACUAAAAAGAAGACAACGCAACCAAGGAUUGAAAUAGAGAUACCGCCAAUGGAAAUUAUUGACAAGAAGAGUCCUAUCCACAUUAACACAGAUUACCAUGACAAUGACAAGCAUUGGUUGCCAAAAGCUCCCAGUCCAAAUGCUAUUCCGCCGCAAGUAGAAAAGCCGGGUGGCAAUGAGAAAUACAUCGAUGACAAAUCCAUGGAUUCUGAUUACGCCGAUAAGAGCAGUGUUAAAAUGAUGGCUAAGAUACAAGCUAACCUCAAUGAAAAUACCAUGAUUAAAUCACCGAAGACGCCGAUGGACGCGAGAACAAUGAGUAUUGAACACAUGGAGGUUGAGAACGUGGCCAGGAAUAUGAGGAAGCGUUCUGCAGAAAAGAAGUUUAUAACGCAGGAUGCUAGUCACGUUCAGGGAGUAGAAAUUUCCAAGAGUGCUAAAAUACCAUCGGCCGUAAACCCAUAUCCAAACAGAUCCAUAUUCUCGCCUCAAUCAAAGGACAACGAGUUCCUCGACUUUGAAAUGAUGGCUGUUGACGAUGGAUUUAACCAUGAUGAUAUCAUUAAACCUUUUGCGACGUACCCAGAAUUCUUCUUCAAAGAGGAUUCUAAGCAAGGUGUGCAGGAAACUCUUAACCUAGUAGACAGGCUUCGGAUAAGGCUGAGCACUAAGAAGGUGCCGCCCGAGAACCCAGAUCAAGAGGAACCGAUACUUGUGCCUGAUGACGGUGAUCAUAAAGACAAUGAUGUCACUGCUGCUUGUAACUUGGUUAAGGCUGAAGAUAAUAAUAGUUCGCCUCCAAAGAAGCACACUCCUACUGAAAGACCAGUCGAGCGAUCGCCUCCAAAAGAAUCGCGACAGACCACCAACCAUGUACCGCGAAGAGGGUCCUCAAUAGAUAGAGAUUUGCCUUCAGGAGAUACCGCGAUGGAUGCUAAAGAGUUCCAGCCCAUCGCCAUGACAAGCAACGAGAAGUGGUCGAACGUACCGGUAUCUGUGUCACAGCUGGACACACAGAGUCAGUCUGCCAAUGACAGGAAAUACGAUCACUCAAGCACAUACGCCGAUGAUGUCAAAGAACCUAUAACUGUGCAAUCAGAUGUCCAGUCCGUAUCUGAAGUCGGAGACGCUAUUUCAAUAUCUAAGCAAAGUGACGAUUCCCAAUCUUUGUCCGUGGUCGACCAUUCUGUACACAGCAAUGACGUAGAACUAGUACAUGACAACCAAAACUAUGACAACAAUGAAAUGAUACAUUCAGAUUGUGCCACGAUAUCUUCACCGCAGUACGUAAGCCAAGAAAAAUGGCGCGAGAGUAAGAUAACUACGCGAAGAUCGUCUGCAUCUAGCACUAACUCUGAAGCGUCCGUGGGCUCUCAUAAGAAUGCACGAAAAUCCCGUUUGAAUUCAAGUGAUCUACGUCCAGGUAAUGUGAUGCCUGCAAUAGAUACGUAUCCACCUAUCCCGGCAUAUUCGCGUCCCGUGGAACCGUCGAUGCCGCUGAACCAGUACACGACGUACCCGCCCGAAGCUUCGCCGUUCCUGAGCUCGUUGCCUCUGUUCGCGGGCGGGCCGCCGCUGCCGCUGCCGUCGCCCGGACCUGGCCUCUACGGCUCCAUGCCCUACUCGGCAGCCCCGCCCCCGCUCAAGUCUACCUUCUACAGCGCUGCGUUCACAUCUUCAUCACAGAACAUGGCGCUCACUACAGCAAUGAUCGCUCCCCCUACGCCGAAACCUCCCGAUUCGCCUCGAGAUGAAAUUGACGUGACGGGCAGCGAUAAAUUCAUUCAUGUUGUGUCCAGCCCAAGCGUGAGCGUCGAUUCCUAUGAAACCAAUAGUAAUAGAGCGCCAACGAAGAUGUCAAACGAUAGUAAUGAAACUAUGACCAGCUUACAUCCGCAGGAAUCUAAAUCUCCACCAAAACUGAGCAAACCGACAACCAAGUUCCCUGGCAAGUCACCGGGCAAGAGCCCCGGUAUCUCGCCUAAGCAAAGUGAUGCUCCUAAAGGAACCAAGCGACCGAGCAAUCGCAGCAACAGAAGCCAAAGAGGUCGCGGACGGUCCAAGAGCCGCGGCCAAGGGUUCUCCGUCGACUACAUGGGUAACUCCAUACAAAGCAAGCUUGUCGGCACAGUUUAUGACUUUGAUGAAGAAAUCGCGAAUGAUGGUGUCGACUUAAAAGCUCUUCGCGACAAGCGAAAAUCUAUCGAUAUUCGAGAUGAUAGGAAGUCUGAACAUUCAUACAAAGAUGCGUCUCAAUCUCCUCGCGUCCUCACUCCUCCUCCGAGCAAACGCGCUCCGCCGUCCGACACUAAAGACAUCAAACCUCCCUCGCCUGAACCCGCGGACACGAACUCGUCCCCCGCGUGCGCGGAACGCGGCCCGGGCUUCUCGCAAGUGGCGCCCGUCUUGCCCGGCCCGGUCGAUAUGCGCACAUAUCAACCUUUCGAGAACCCUGCGCCCGCCGCAGAAAACGAUUACCAUUUGCUAGCGUUUGCUAGCGGCACCGCCGAACAGCAUUUAACUGAGAUAGACGAAGAAGUUGAGAAACAACUUCAUACCGCACUAAUGGCAAGUAAUCCACAGACAGGUUCCCCAUCGCAGCAGCCAGCGGAGCCUGCAGAGCCCCCGAAAGAGACAUACGUUCCCCAGCUACCUAAAGUAUCACUAUCAGAUUCGAGAAACCAACUGAAGGUAAAGAUCAAAGGGCCAUUCUUGGACGCGAACUACUCGGCGAGCUCGUCGCAGCCGGUGGCGCCGCCGCCGCCCGCGCCCGCGCACGAGCCCGGCACCAGCACCAUGACGCCGGCCGCCGCCGCCGCCUCCUCCAUGUCGGGCUCCACCAACCUGCGCCGCAUGCGCAAGAAGGAGCUGCUGCGCCAGUACUGGACGCAGGACAUGAACAUGGACGACCCCACGCACCCCGCCACGGUGGGCGCGGUGCCGCCGCCCGCCGUGCCCUCGCCGCUCACCCGCGCCGUCAUCACCAUCCCUAAAGCCGUCGCCUCUAUGACUAGCAUACCCACUCGAGAGGACUACAAAAUUACUGACAGUCCCGUAGAAAAGAAAACUAAACGCAAAACUACCAGCGGCCUCUCCAGAGAGUUGCGACAUCUAGAAGUGAGCAUGAAUGUCGAUGUUGAUCCCUCAGAUGAUGUGAAAUUGUCCUCGAUAGCUGGCACUUCGGGACAACAGGCGCACAAGCGCCGCGGUCGCACGUCUACUAAACCGAACAGGGCGAAUGCGACGUCACCGGUCGCUCCUAAACUGAAGAUAAAGAUAGGCAACAACACGGUGCAGCAGGUGCCGGCGCCCGCGGCUCCGCCUGCCGACGAGCCCGCAGGCACCACCAUCUACCGACCGCCUAAGAAGCGAAUCAUUGCGAACAAACCAAGCUUGGAAGACUUGCGACGCGAAAGCAUGAAGUACCGUCGAAUGGUUAUGGCGGACUUUGAGGAAGACGAGAAAACAACUAAGACCAAACCCAAGGGCGAAAAGAGUGAGAAACGUAAAAAGAAAAAGGACAAAAAAGCUGAAAAACUUCAAGUGGUGAACAGUGAAAGUGACAGUGCUACAAAGUUGAUUAUAAAAAUAAAGCGCACGAAGGAGGAGGAGUUGGGCGAGGCCGCGGCGGCAGGGCCGUCGACGAGCGCCGCCCCCGCCGCGCCGCCCGCCGUGGCGGAGCCGGCCAUCGACCCCUUCGAGUACGACCCGUCGGCGCCCGACCCGCUGGCCAUCGACCCGCCCUCCUACUCCGAGGCGUCGUCCGCCAUGCGCAAGGUGCGAACCGACAAGGUGACGCCCAUCCGGUUAAAACUCGCGCGCAGCUCGGAAGGCUACGUGAUGAAGGAGCCCGAGAGCGCGGAGCGUGCGCUGCCGGUCAAUAACAAUAAACACUGUGAAGUGAGGUGAUACAAGUCGCGCGCCGCCGCCGCUCCGCGCUCGCUCCCUACCAAGGACAAACCUAACUCGUCGCGUAACAAGUUAGUCAAACAGCCUAACAAUAACAGUGCGGGAUCUAAGGCUAAAAAAACUAAGGGCAAGGACUAGAACUGUGUUUCAAUAGAACAAGUUAAAAUCUCCUGUAUAGUUAAACUAAAACUGAUAUUGUCUGUAUAUUUUUUAAACAAUAAUAUCUCUAUCAUGAUGUAGUUUAUUAUUAUUAUAUUACAUAUAUUAUUUAUUUGUAUAAAAGGAAAGCUCAAUGAUUAACUUAAAGUUAUUCUAAGGUUAUAUAAAUUGUGCAUUAUGCUGUGCACAAGUAAAUCUUUAUUAUAGUAUAGCAUAUAUAUUUUUGUUAAAGUUACUGUUUUACUUUGUGCCUCAUAUGGAAUCUCAUUAAUUUUCAUGAAUUAAUUGUGUAAUUUUUGAAACUAAGUUACGUAUGUUUAAUUCUGAACGCUUCACAAUCACUUAACUCAUCACAUACUAUGUUACCGUGUGCAUAGCAUUUAUACAAGACGACAGUCGAUUUAUAUGUAUAUUAGAGUUCUGUGUCACUCGAGGCGAAACACAGUGGCACACGCUUCACCAAGCUCCGGUAGGUACACACCAAGCUUUCCCGAGCGGCGCUCAGGCCGCAGCCUAUAACUCGCAGACUGCCACACACGCUAGCUAGCAUUUUCUGUGACUAGCCAAACGCAUUCAAUCUUCUAUACUUACUCUUAUCGAAUUACUUGUCUCCCGCUCACGCAGGACCUCACCCUAAUAACAUAAAUAAUUAAAAAGUCACCGAUAAAAAAGAACCACCACCGGCGUGGUGGCGUAUAAUUACAAUAAUAUUCAAUCAGAUCAUGGUUUGAAUUUAACCAAAGAUUGAUUACAAAAGUUACUGCAUACGAAAGGGCAUUAAUACUGAUAUAUUUGACAUGUUUCCUGCAACAACCAACGGAACACACCAACAUUCACACUCGACAUAUACAACUGCAUACAUUCACAUCUCUGUUCUGCUCAUUUUACAAAGAGCUUGUCACAAAACUUAGCUAAUAUAAAGUACAAGUAAGAUUUUCAGAUAAAAUAACCUGACUGUAAAAUAAGCAGAAUUUGUGAUGAACUACUUGAGAGCUGUGUGCCAUUACAUAAGGAUACAUGUACAGCGCUGUUGCCAUCCGAACUUAGACGCUGUAUAAACAGGAGUAGGAUAUAUUAUUGUCUAUAAAAUACCUUAAUUGAGAUAGCUAAUAAAGUGGAAUGUAAUAAUUUAGCGCAGGCUGUCCGUGAUUGAAUGACCACGCAUCUAGACAUAGGAUACUAUAUGUUACAGACUAGAAUUUUGUGUUAGUGUGUACGGUAUUAGAUGUACUACAAUUCAAGUAACUUAGAUAAAUCAAGUAUGGAAUUAAUUAGAAGUCUAUAAGCGCAUAGUGCGUAGUUAAUUGGGUUUAGUUCUGCUGUGCACGGCGCAUUGACGAGUACGCGUUGUUGUACAGCGAUGCUUGGCAAAUGCACAAUGUACCACAGAGCUGCAUUCCAUCUUGGUAUUUUGUUUUCCUAAUAGAAAGUAAAACGAUGUAAAUAUAUUCGAGGUUUCAUGACCGCGUGGUUGUCCAUUGCGUACGGCCUUUUAACAUAAAUUGCUUAUUGCCUAUUCAUAUCAUUUUGACAAUUAUCAAUAAUUAUAAUUAAGGUAUCAUUUUGAAGUUAAAUUCAAUGAACUGAUUGGAAUAUUUAUUUGAUUAUAAAUAACUGUUUAGCGUAUGCUAUGUGAUGCUGGAUAUUUCAGUUGGUAACAUCAGCUUUUAUAACUUUCUCAUAGACUGAAAAUGACAAAUUUGAACAGAUUAACAGAUGGCAAUAGAAUAUUGGAAUAGAAACUCGCUGAAUGCUCGUACAAGCCUGAUGGUGCCACAGAGUCAUCACGUAGCAUAUGCUGAACGUGUAAUAAGUUAUUAGUGACGUGAACACAAUAUGUUUAAUUUGUUUGUGCAAUAUUCGGCAAUACUCAUCGUAUAGUCAAAGAUUGAUUGUCCGUAGUAAUGGUGUGUUAGAUUUAAGUGCGUGUCCGUUAUUCAUAAGUAUCUGAUUUUCUUUCCCAUUGUAAAUAAAAUAUUAAAUAGUGUUCUAAGGUCAUGUCCAGAUUUGCGAUUCAAAAUCGACCGAAGCUAUUUAUUUUUAAAGUUCAGUUUCCUGUGCAGGAUAUGUUGAAUAUGGAUAGAAAAGAUUUUUACGGUUUAGUUUUUGUUAUGUAUUGUUUAUUUGGCUAAGUUUUUGAACCUGGUUUUCAGUUUAUUUAACUAUUGUGAUGCAACUUAAAAUGAUUAAUUUGGCCUAAUGGAUGAAAAUGUACUUUUUUUUCUAAAUUGAAUACCUAAGAAGGUAUAGUAUUGGAUCUGGACAGUGCCUUAGUACAAGGACUAAAGUUAGUAUUGGUCGCACGGAGGUAGCAUACUGGCCGCGGCCUAUCAAUGAGCUUAGUAUAAAACUAAAUGUUUAAAAAUCACAUUUUCGUAAUAUUAAAUUAGCUUAGUACCUGUCUGAAAUUAGUAAUUGCGAAUUCAAUGUACAUGGUAAUCGUAAAUCAAUUAUUGGAAACUAUGUAUAAAUAAUUUUCGUUCUUGACAUCAAUCAAAUGUCAAGUGCAGCGGAAAGUCAAGUUUUUUCUUGUUUGGGAAAUAGAAGUAAAUUAUGUUUGUGCUAUCACAAAACCGAAUUAGGUUGUAGGCUGUGCUUAGUUUUGCUUUAUUAUUUAUACAAAGAAAAACAUCAAAAUGAAGUGCAUCUCCGGAGUUUUAAAGUUCUAAAUUGUGUGCACGAGUUUACUAUGUGAGAAGCAUUCUGAUUUUUUAUACUUUUAUAUUUUUAAUACAAUUAUGAGAAUUGGACUGUCAAGAGACAUAACCCAUAUUUAAAGAAUCUACUAACACGAUCAGUUAUUGCAUUUAAUUACAGUAGAAUUUGAAUGGUGCCCGUAAAACAAAUGAUAAUAGCAAUCAGAAAACUUAAUGCGACCGACUUGUAAUUAUUCUCAGAAACAUAGGCUAGGGAAAAAGAAGAGUGCAAAAUAAAAAAUCAGGCCACAUUCACGACAGUAUUUGUUUGUUUUAAAUUAUUCAUCACAACUUCAAAAAGCUGCAAUCUUAAAAAUUUAAAAUGCGGGAUUUACCGAAUAUCGUUUAAAUAUAAAUAAAACGAUUAUUUUACGAAAAUGUAGAUAUUCAGUCUGUGUGCAAUGAAAUGAUCACAUAACUUCAUA